UCACGCGCAGUGCACACCGAAGCUAGCCGUGGCGGUGUGCUUGGCCCGUGUUGAAAAAAAAGAGGAAAAAAGAAACGGCUGGCCCGGAGUAGUUGUUUUGCGUGUAGGAACUUGGUGUGGGCCGUGUCAGGUGUAAGGUUAUGUCGUUUCACGGCGACAAUGAUCGGAUGGUGGAUCGAGAAGUGAUCAGGCCGUAGCGGUCGUGAAGAGUGAGUGGAAGAAAAACAGAGAGAGAGGCGAGAGAGAGGGAAAGAGAUCCGUAAGUUCAGCCGGGAGAGUUCUAAGACGAUUCCGUGUGUGAAUUUUUUUCGUUGGUAUUUCGUUGGUGUGUAUGCGCGAGGUUGCGCGCACAGGUGUGUCACGCUCCCCCCGUGAGUGUUGCUGCUGUGUGUUUGCUGCAUCAACCCUCUGCAGCGCAGUGCAAGCCCUUCGCGUUUCGAUAUCGUGGAAAUAUCGCAAAUGCGAUUGAGCGUGUCGCUCGUGACUCGCGGGAGCGAAUUCGCGUGAGUUUUCACUCAUUCAGCGGCGGCGUCGUCGUCGUCUCACGAGAAAAUUGGUUCAAGGAAGGCCGGUUCCUUAUAAACCUCUAGGCCGAUGAAGAAAUGUCGGUUCUCGCGCGUUCACGAAGCGCCAUGGCAUCUCGGUGUACAGCUUAUGGAGCAACAGCCAAUCUAAAAAUGUCACGACCGGGAUAACGUACUUGGACGAUGAAUAUGGAACGAAUUAUUAUUAACAAUCUUUCAGGCCCUUCCAAAGCAAUGAAGAUGAGUUUCUCGUGUUCCUCGCUGCAACGCUCUAGCGACAGUCUAGAGGGUCCCGAGCAUGCGAGGAUGAGAGUAGACCGGCCGUACAACAGUCUGACGAAAAAAAGGUUCGAUUUUAGUGGCUCAGCGAGGAAAGAACCGAAGCAGGAACACUGUCAACGGACGUGGGGAAGUCGCGAUGAUUGCAGAGAUGAUUUCUGGGCAGCGAUACGCUCGAAUUAUCACUACAUUAUGGAUACCGACCUCAUUGACAGCUGCAAGGAAGCCAAUGGAGAACUCGUUUGGGACGAGGGAGAUGUGUCGACUCUAUCCUGGGGCAUAAAGGAAGUCAGUUGUCAGUUUUCCGAACUCUAUUCUUGGCUCGGAGUACUUCAAGAAAUGGUCUACUCGAAGGAAGAAAAUUUGCUGGAUAAAAGUCUUCGCGCGGCUCACAUGGAGGAGCUCCGUCGUAAGGCAUACAGGAGAAGAUUGUUCAACGAGCAGGCUGGCAAACUGGUAUCCCGUGCACCAUCAUUGAAAGACGAAGUUGCAUGGCGAGUUGAUCAUCUAAACGCUAAAUGGGAACUGGUCGAGCAGAUAAUGGCACCGGUGGCACAGCCAACGUCCGAUCAGCAGGACGUUUCCGCAGAUUUCGAGCACGAAGUAAAAUGCUUGCGAAAGUGGCUCCGCGAAAUGGAAUCCCGACUGCAGCCUCUCAGCUUUCGCGUUGACUGGACGAGAUCCGAGCUCGAGGAAAAGGCUACCGAGCACAUGGUCCUGCAACGAGACAUCGAGGCGCACGGCCGUAUCGUCAAUUCAGUCGUGAAAUUGGGUGAGAGGUUGGCCAGACAACAGCGCCAGCAGCAGAAGCAACAGGAGGAUGAGCAGCCCCGCGAUCGAGAUAAUAACCUUGAAAAACUCGCGUCCCAAUUGACAGGUGAAAAAGAAUUGGACGUUCCACCUGCCGGUCGAGUCGCCAGCUCCCUCGAGCGACGUUGGCAUCUCUUGUUUCUCCGGGCUCUCGAGUGGCAGUGUCACAUCGAGACUCUUGCGACUCGACUCUGCAACAAGAUCGUGUCAUGUCGCUGCAGCAGUGACAGUGACGAAGAGCCGGUGACGAAGCAACCGCGGCUGAGCCGCAGACAGUCUUCUCGUGGCUCUGGCAAACUCCCCAGACGACUCGGAUCAUCCUUGUCAGGAAUACGUGGCGGCCAACGCGAUCAUAAUCCCGGCGCAACUUCGUACUCAAGCUGCUCCGAAAGCGAUAUGUCUUCGAAGAAUCGUCUUAUCGACGACGAGUCUUACUUCGAGGACGAUCUAGAGGAGCUUUGCGUGACAGAAUCGAUCGCUCGUGGAGGAGAGAAUUUCGAUAAGAUCAGAAGUUCUCCGGUGAUCGUUGAUCAGGGCGAGGAAGGUGACAUUGAAGAAGAAGGUAUUUUGAGCGAGGAGGAACGCGAGUGUGAAGAAAUGGCGCCUACUCCAGGACCGGGAAAUUCCUCGAUCGAUCAGAUCGACGGAAUGGUCGAGAGAUCGGCGAGUAACGGAAUUCCCAACGGUACGGGCAUUGUUCAAGAAUCGCCAAAACGUCGCCGAACGUUGGACGAGUCCGCGAGUUUCAAUACGUCCGACAGAAAAUCCAAAAAUUGUGCAACUUUUUACUUCAAACAUUUGGAUACCGAUUCCGAGGCUGAUUGUGGAGUGCGAGAAGAAGAGCUGCAAAACGGGGUUGACGAUUCGUCCGAAGAGGAAUGGACGUACACGGCGUCGCCUCCGGAAAAUUAUGAAACGCGCUAUGAACAGAAAAAAGCGAACGUCGUUGUACGACUCGAUUUCGGCGAACCGGCAACCGUCGAAAGAAACGACAACGUCAACUUUAAAACUAUCGCCGCUAAACCGAAUGACCAACUACUCAACGACAAAAUCAUACUCGAAGAAGAUUCCAAAUUUGACGAGGAAGAUAAUAACACAGGCACGAAAACUCCGACGAUGAAGAAAAAGAAGAAACAAAAGAGCGAGGGAAAUGAGAGCGAAAACGAGACCAAGAACGACAUACAGAGACUCAUUCUCGAGGUCGAAAAACUUGUUAGAGAAGAAGGACGCGCCGGUGCGACGAGAAAUUUGACACCACUUAUUUUCGAGGGUCAUGGACACAUCGAAAAUUAUCGUGCCAAAUACGCCAGGAUCAAGGAAUGGCUCAAACUCAAUUCGACCCACAAUCAUGAGGAAAGAUCCGCUUCGCAGUGGCUUCAGCCUUUAGACAGUUGCGACGCGAGUGGUGAAUAUACGACUGGGGAGUCUGACAUCGAGAAGGAAUCCGUAUCCUCCGAAGAUCUGCAGAGCAGCGUAGCGACUUAUCGUCGUUUCGAUGGUUGCGGAGAUUUCGGUGGUUCGGUAUCGCAGUCAGUCUCUCAAGAAAUUUUCAACGACAACGACAAGACAAUCAUGAACGAGAGUCAUUCAUCGGCUACGAUGAUGGAAACGAGCACCCCUAAAGUGGUCAUGAGAACCAAACGAAAGUCUGAUGGACCACGACCCUGGAGCGUAUCAUGCGUUUUUCAAAUUGCCGAAGCUGUUAAAAUCAAUUCAAACAACGACACCAUUUCCCAAUUCUCUAUUUCCGAAACUGCUCUUCAUCAGCUUGUUGCAACGCCACCCACUAAAUCUGUCUCCCUUGAUGCUACUGGCUCACGUGUGCCCUUCAAUAAUUCGACGUCGACGCUUCUUGAGGAAAAUACGAGUGGACAUGACGGUCGUGCGGUCGGUAGAGACAAUUCGCUAAGGAAAAAGAAAUCUCGACUGCGCAGAAAAACUGUGAAUGGAGGUAGUUCGAUCGCUCAUACUGGGAGUGACGGAAGUUCAAAUCAGCAGCGUUCGGUUCGUCGUGGCAACAGAAGUCGAACCAUUCGUACGAUAUCGCGUGAUUGCAACGGCCGUCUAACAACCCUCGUUAAAUCCGGCUCGUUUUCUGGGUGUACCGCCAAACCGGAAGUAGCGUCGGAGAAGUUGAUUGUGAGCGAUCCCACGUCACCGAAUCCAAAUUUGUCAUACUGCAGGUCAGAGGCAUCGACCGCUGAUACGGAAGACAAUACUUUUUCUCCUCGCACGAAAAAUUGCUCCGUUUACGAGGAGAAUCCUUUGGACAUUGUGCCCAUUGGUGUUGCUGUACUGAACGGCGAUAGCGACGUCGAGAAAAAUAGCCUUGGAAACAAUUCUUUUUCUGAACAGGCUUGGGACAGUUAUCAGGAGAAAUACAUGAGCGAGCCGUACAGUGAAACUGCGGACGUUGAAACGGCCCGAAGAUUGUUGGAUUUUGGUGACGACUACAGAAACUUCUUAGACAGUCAAUCUGAUUGUGCGUCCAGCAUGAGCGCGGUUCGGAGCAGCUCCCCGCCUGCAGCGAGCAGUCGCAUGCACUCGGAUAACGUUGACAGUUCAGAGGAGAGUGACAGCGACAUGGAAGACGUACGUCGAAUAGUCGAGAGAUCUCACAAGAAACUUGUUCUUAUGGAAAAUCAUUUUUCACGAUCCCCCAACGUACGUGGAUCUCGCGAUAAUAUGGAAUUGGAGAGCGUCUGUAAAGAGAAUAUAAAGUGCCUGAAGACGUUGAUGGAUUCAAGCGGAAGUUGUAUCAAAGGUGAUAAGAGCGCGAAGCAAGUACGGGGGCUGACAGAACGGUGGGAAACUUUAUCGUCUCGGGCUGAAGAGGCUCAACGUGCGAGUGCCCUUCAACGUGACAUGGCUGCAAUGCAUCUCGAGUUCCGUGCAGCUCACGAGAGGCUAAUAGCUCACGAAGUCGUCUUGGAACCUGCUCAUGUUUUGGACGAUCGUAUUAAUAAGAUCACGAGCGAAUUGGCAAGCCUGAGGGAACGCAAAGCGGCCAUGCUCGCGCUCAAUGUUUCGGCGCAUCGACUGAUCACCGAUCUUGGCGUUGCCGCUACCUCCGUAUCCGUCUCACUCAAGGACGCGGUCGCCGAUCUUUAUCGCGUUUGGGACGAGACUUUCCAAAGAGGAAAUCAGCAGCUCUGUGCUCUUCAAGCUGUCCAACAGUUCAGCACUCGUUUGACGGAAUUGCAUUGUGCGUUACGCAGGGACAAAGACACCCUCGCGGUGUUGGAUGCCGCCCUUCAAGCAGGUGCAACCACCGAAGUGGCAUCUUCGGUUCGGGACGUUGCGAGAUUGCUCUCCGAGAAGCAGGAUGUUUGCCAGAAUGGAAACGUAGUUACGCCGGAGGACGAGCUCGCUGGAAGCAGUGCUCUGAAAUUCGGUGACGCUACUGUGAUGAGUCUGACCCAAGAAGGCGGAACAUUUUCCGACAGCGGAAUCUCGGACAGCGGUAGCGAGCAAGAAUUGAGCGAACGUGAGCGUCGUUUAGCGGCGCUGCGUCGUCUCACACGCACCCUCGAGAGUCAAUUGGCACCAGGAAGCGAUGCCCUCGUUGAACUCUGGAAAAGAGUCGAAGACGCAGAGGCCGAAUUACGAUGUCUACAAAAAUUGUGUCGAGAGCUUAUCGUCCGAACUGCGGCGAGCGUUGAAGCCCGAGCUGCCAAGAGAGACAUCAGCAGUCAGGCCAAGUUCACAUCCAGCAAGCGCAAGAAGAGAGCAACCGGCGGUAACGAGAUCGAGGGCAAGGCGAGAAAAUCCAAGGGCGGUAUGACCGACGCCGACGAUCCUGAGGACGAACCGAACGUCCCGAAAAGUUGGGUAUGGCGGAUUUUACGAGCUGCUCUACCCUUCCAGCUGGCACUCGUCGCUUUAUUCUGCGCCGCUUGCUUGCUCGAACCGCAUUGCUGCGAAGCUGCCAAUACUCUGAACCUUUCACUCACGCCUCAGCUUCGUUACGUUCGUGGCCCGCCACCCGUUUAAAUCUUCGCGUUUCGAGGUCCGGCUCAGAGGACACUUUUCAUGUGGAAAAACAAAGAUGAGAAAGCAAUUUGAUUUUUGUUCGUGAUGAACGACGGAAUCCGAAAUUCCCACUGAGAAUUUCGACAUUGCAGAAAUGGCUUUGGGGCACUUUUUCUCGACGCCAGAAGUCGAGAAUCAGACCAGAUUGGCCUCGAGUCAUCAUCUCGUUGUCGAUUCUUCGAACGAUCGAUUUGCCACCUCCGACACGGUAGACGUGUCCUUGGCGAUUUAAACGACAUUUUGCAUUCGAAGAAUCCACGAGAAAACGAUCGACGAUACCGUCCAUGGUAAAAACUACCCUCGUCGGGUAGCAAUGUUUUUUUCGUGGCACUACCGUUUUACGGAUCAAUGAAUUCCGUAUAUGACACGAGCUAUUGUAUUCUUACACGAGAGCUACUUACACUGCCUUAAGUAGACAAAUCGCUGCGAAGGUGAGUAAAACAACGUGGAAAACGUAAAAAGCAAAACAACGUAAUGGGGAGGAAGGAGUAUUUGAGUAUCGGGACCUUCAGAAUUUUUUACAAUACCGUGAUGCAUUUGGAUUCACUGCAAUUAAGCUUCAGAGAGUCCCGACUGAUGAGGCUGCUUUAAGAUUGAAAAAAUCUAAAAAAAAAAAACAAAUUGGGAGUUUGACAGAUGACGAAGAUUUCCAACUCAACAAUCUGACGGAAUUGCAGCCCAAUUUGUUUGGGUUUGUUUGGGUUUGUUUGGGUUUUCAUAUCGACAAAAUUGUUUGAAUAAAUUGAAAGAACCAUUCGAUUAAUGUUGCGUCGACAGGAAAAAGAACGUUGUUUCAAAGUCCCUUGAAACUGUAACUUUCUUGAUUAUUCCAACGAGGAGAUUAAUCCUGUGGUUUUUUGUUACUCGAACUUUUUCGAUAUUUUGAGGCCCUGCAAAGCCGAAUCAACGUUCGGCGAGAUGACGACGUAGGCAAAAAAAGAUUUUGAUACUUUGAACGAGCGUGCCAAUAAUAUUGAUCACAUUGACCAGUGAAUGAAAAUUCUCUUAGUGCGUGCCUUCUAUUCGCAUCACAUUAGAGAACAAAAGUUUCUCGUUGCCUAUCCGACUUGGCUCUGUACACUGUGACAGCAGCAGAAGGAAAAAAGGGAACAGAGAAUUGACGAGAGUUUCAAAACAAUAUUUGAAACGAUCGAUUCAAGAUUACUUCUCAAUUGUAAAUAUCGAUGAAUCAUAUAUUAUUUUUUGUUAUAUAAACAGAGUUUUUUAUAUUACGUUGCAUGCGUUUUAGCAAAUAGUCAUUUCUGACUGAGAGGAAAGCUGAGAGUAGGAAAAAGCAGAAAUAAAUAAAAAAUAUAUACGAUUUCUCUCGUGCAGAUAAUAAUAUUAUAUAAUAUUUAUAUAUGCAGCGAUUGUUAGAGAAUAUUCUUUAUGCUUUGUCAUAAUGGAGGCGUACAGUCGUGGAAUGAAAACGCUCAUCAGACUGAUAGUUCGCUAAUUUCAAUGCGCGGUAACCACGCAUUUCGGAAAUAAAAACAAACAAACAAAUUCGUUACAUCAUGACUCCAAGUAUUUGAAAAAAGCUGCUACGAGAUGAAGCACUGCUGCACUCUUCGUAUACUCGAAUGUGAGGUAUUUGUCUUCAUCUCAAUUCCCACUUUUCGGAUUUGCUCUAAAAGAAGAUGAACCGAAUUUUUUUUUUCGUAACACGAAACUCGACAUGCUCGAAUCAGGAAUGGAGAUCGUUCGAAUCAAUGAACAGCAAAUUCAUUAGGCAUAAUUAUAAAUCUGAAAAUUUUACGAUUCAUCCAUUUUGACAGGAUUAACUGCUUAAUUAUCGUUUUCGGAAUGCCUGCAUGAAGAAAGACUGAAAAAAUAGAAGACAUUUUCACUCGAACGAUGGCCACGUGUGAUUCAAAACUGUUUGUUUUUUGUUGAUUUUAUUAUUUCAAUGCAUCUUUAAACCAGUGAGAGUCGCAGCUAGCAAACUUUUGAAGAUUUAUCAUUUCAUGCACUCACGAAUUAGAGACUAGUCAUUGAACCCGGAGAAGUUUCAGUAUAUUCGCAGGUUGUGUGGUUACUGUGCGAUCUUUUGAAACAUUGUCAAUAAUGUGCCUUGUAAAAUAUGGAGGGGAUAAAAAAAUGAGAAAAUAUAUACACAUAGAUUUGAUUCGUUUUUUUUUUCGAAUUUCACGGCUGUAUUUGAAUAUUGUGCUGAAAAAUUGGCGUAAUAUUUCCAAUGGAAAUACGAAUUUGGUAAAAAUUAAAUUGGAAAUAGUACAAAGAUUUUUCAGUUUUUUAGCGUGUGUGCAUUUUUCUACAUGAAUACAAAUAUAUUUUUUAUCAACAGACCGGUAAGGUGUAGUUGUGGGGGAGAACGUAAUAGCAAGUGGAAAAAAAAUGGAAUGCAAACGAAAAAGCCUGAUGCACAAAUUUUCGAAUAAUCAACCAGAACUGUGUGCCUAAUAGAAGAGAUAUAAAUAUUUAUACAUUUAUACACAGUAGUUGGUGGAAAAGAUUCUAGUUGAGCUCCAAUCAGACGUUGAGAACUCUUCAAGAGAAAACGAAAAAGAGAAUCGAGUACUUAUUUCACAAUGAAUAACUGCGAAAAAAAUGGGAGCUUAACAAGUGCCUCUGUAGAGAAGAAAGAAAAUCUAAAACUUCGCAUCUCACGAGCCCAUUAUUUAACAUGAUCGUGAAAUCGAGAGUAUUUUCAAGAGUAUUUCAACGCGAUUCGAAGCGUUCCGCAUAUCCCAGUGCGACUAUAGUAAUUUAUGGUUUUAUCAUAUGAUAAGAGACGUAGCAUUAUCAUGCGUAAUUAUACCGAGCUGAGCGUUAUUGAGAAUUUUGAUUUUACUCCGAAACCAAAAGAAAUACGAAAUUAUGAGAAAAUGAGAGAGGAAAAGGAAAGUGGCGGUUGGUGGUUGGGAGUAAAACAAAAGGAACAAUCGAGUGCGCGCCCCUGUUUUAUUUAAUCAUGAUGAUGUGUAAAAAGUACCUGAUAAUAUCAACAUUUUAAGUUGUUUUCAAAACAUAUUUAAAUAUCUCAGAGUUUCCAAUAAAUCGCGGAAAAUAGUUGACACGGAUGUCAACGAGCUUGUGGAAUUGAGCUUGCCGGACAGAAUCCAACAUUUUCCGUAUGCUACGUAUAUUUUUUGCAUGCAGUUGUUUCAUUAUUUUCUAUCAUACGAAUAUUGGAAGGGCGAUUAAGAAUGAUCGGUGCCCGAGAAAAAGGAAGGAAAAAAAUUGAAAAAAAAAAAAAACAGUACGAUAUAUCGGUAGAGAUAGCGAUUUGUUUUCAUCGGCGUAUAUGAGUAAGACCGUUGCGAGCCAGUACGAGGAAGGUUUUGCCUGCAGUAUCGAUUUAAUAAUCAGCAAGAUUUUAUACGUAUCGACGUAGUCGAGAAUACCGUCUAAGCGAUUGAUCGGCUUAGAAUCUUAUCUCAUCCAUAUUUCUCGUUGUGCUUUAGAUUUUAGCUCUGCAUACAACUAAGAUAUUAUUUCUUACUUAUUUGCUCGAGCGAAAUAUUUGUACAUAAAUAAAAUAUUGGAGUGAAAAGAGAGAGAAAACAGGAAAAAAAAACAAACAAAAAACGAUCGACCUACGAACUGCAGUAGAAACAGGGUCAACAUUUUUUCAAACAAUGAACUUUCGAAUGAACUAAAAGGCCCCAAUCAUACGUUCAUUUUUUCGAUAAUGAUUCCUCGAAAAUGUUCCCAAUGUAUGGGCCAUAGAUCUAUAAAAAAACAAACAAAAAAUUUGUUCGCAAAAUUUGCUCGUGUACACAGAAUUAAACCAGAGACUCGAAUCACUUGCUCAAGUAAGACUGUACUUUGAUGUAAGUCGAUGAUAACACUCAUUUCGAUCAUCCUCAAUAAUUGCAUGCUCUACAUUAUGAUAAAUUAUCGUGGAAUGUUCCGCAAAGUAUUCCACCGUUAAAUGAUCGUGUCGAAUCAUUGAAACAAUGAAAGAAAAAACGAAUCCAUCGCAUUCUUCAUCGAAUCAUAUCCCGUUCAUCUAAUUAACCUCGUUCAUUAGUAUAAUGGGUUUUUCUACUAACUGUACAAGAUAGUCAUGAACUAUGUUGUUUCCGACGAAACAACGAUCCUAUGUAUUUUUGGCAAUUUAUCAAAUAAAUCACAUUUUUGGAAAA